AUGGAUGCUAUAAGAGAGACACCCGACGCGGUGUUUAGCGAUAGAGUUCGUCGUUUUCAAGAGUUUUUGGACACUUUUACGGGCUACAAAGAUGCCAUAAGAUCAAUUCAGCUAUACAACUUACCAGAUGGGAAGACGGGAUAUGAACCAGACAAAAAAAAUGACUUCAAAGAAAAUAGACUCCCACAGCGAGUCACGGUGUCGCUGGACGACUUACGGGAGUUCGACCGCUCCUUCUGGGCUGGUAUUCUCAACACGCCCGCACAAUUCGUUCCAGCCGCAGAGCGAGCCGUGAGCGAGACUGCGAUGACUCUGGAGGAAUCCCCUGCAAGCGUGGGAGUCGCUGCAAAUGUCGCAGCUGCACAGCAGUGGAAAUUGUCUUUUCGAGGCUCCUUCGGUGCACAUGCACUCUCACCAAGAACCCUGAACUCGCACCAUCUCAACAAGCUACUGUCUGUUGAAGGUAUUGUGACAAAAGUUUCCCUGGUAAGGCCCAAACUCCUGAGAUCAGUUCACUACGCCGAGAAAACUGGCCGUUUCCAUUACAGGGAUUAUAGAGACGCAACAACCAGCUUGACCACUCAAAUUCCCACGCCAGCCAUAUACCCAACUGAGGAUCCCGAGGGUAACAGACUCACAACAGAGUAUGGUUAUUCCACAUAUAUCGACCACCAACGUAUUACAGUGCAGGAAAUGCCCGAAAAGGCACCUCCAGGUCAACUUCCUCGCUCCAUCGAUGUCAUAAUGGAUGAAGAUCUCGUCGACAAGACGAAACCGGGUGACAGAGUUAACAUAGUAGGAAUCUACAAGUCUCUGGGAGGUGGUGGUUUAAGUUCUGGCUCUGAACAGGGGGGAUCGCUCUCAGGGUUCAAAACUAUGAUUUUGGCAAACACAGUGUAUCCUCUACAUGCCAGAUCAACAGGUGUGGCUGCCAGACAGGCUCUAUCCGAUUCAGAUAUCAGAAACAUCAACAAGCUGUGUAAGAGAGAAGAUAUCUUCGAGCUUUUAUCGCAGUCCUUGGCGCCGUCGAUCUACGGACACGACCACAUCAAAAAGGCGAUUUUGCUUAUGCUGCUAGGUGGUGUAGAAAAAAACUUGGAAAAUGGAUCCCAUUUGAGGGGUGAUAUCAACAUUCUGAUGGUUGGUGAUCCUUCUACGGCCAAAUCGCAGCUGUUGCGUUUUGUUUUGAACACAGCUUCCUUAGCUAUAGCUACGACUGGUAGAGGUUCUUCGGGUGUUGGUUUAACUGCUGCUGUCACAAUGGAUCGAGAGACAGGUGAAAGAAGGCUAGAAGCAGGUGCCAUGGUUUUGGCUGAUCGAGGCAUUGUUUGUAUCGAUGAGUUCGACAAAAUGAGCGACGUCGAUCGUGUUGCCAUUCACGAAGUUAUGGAGCAACAGACAGUUACAAUUGCAAAGGCCGGUAUCCAUACUACUCUUAAUGCACGUUGUAGUGUGAUCGCCGCCGCCAAUCCUGUAUUUGGACAAUACGAUCUGAAUAAGGAUCCGCAUUACAACAUUGCACUCCCAGACUCUUUGUUGUCCAGAUUUGAUUUGCUGUUCGUGGUCACAGAUGACAUCAAUGAAAAUACCGACAGAGCUAUCAGCGAGCACGUUUUGAGAACACAUCGUUACUUGCCACCGGGCUACCUGGAAGGUGAGCCGAUAAGAGAAGCUAUCAACCUUUCUCUCUCUGUGGGCGAGGACGCAGUUGUAAAUGAUGACGAUGAAGAGGAUGACGAUGACGAAAAUAAAGUGUUCGAGAAGUUCAACCCUCUUUUGCACGCGGGUGCCAAGUUGGCUCGGAACAGGGGCAAUCGCCAAGGUACUGAACUUCCUCAGAUUGUUUCCAUUCCAUUUUUAAGGAAAUACGUCCAAUACACCAAAGAAAGAGUUGUGCCAACGUUGACUCAUGAGGCGACAAGUUUAAUCGUGAAGACAUACUCGGAACUCAGGAAUGAUCAGAAUACCAAAAAAUCUCCAAUCACUCCAAGAACCUUAGAAACCCUUAUCAGAUUAGCGUCAUCGCAUGCAAAGGUGAGACUCUCGAAAACAGUCGACCGUAAAGAUGCUCGUGUUGCCGCGCAGCUACUAAAGUUUGCGCUUUUGGGAGAAGAAGACUUUGGCCCUGAUCUCGAUGCAGGUGACGAUACACACAGAUCGCCAACCAAGUCACCUCGCAAGAAACAACGAGUGCGGAAUUUGGGCCCUGGUAUGAGUCCAAUUCACUCGUCACCCACAAAAGCGCCCUUUCCAAGUACUAGUACUCCCACGAGAGGUGGGAAUGCCAGAAGGCGAAACAUUUUCUCGGAUACUGAUACCGAUGAGGAAUAUGCAGACCGGGACCCGGAGCAGGACGAGUUUAUGGAGAACGAUGUUUCUGAUAUGACUGCCCUACCGGAAGAUCAGGAAAGCGACCUGCAGAGAAGACUCGAGAGCGGGCUUCGCGUUUCUCCACGCAGGAGACAGCAAGAGCAGUCCAGCACUGGCACAGGCGUUCCUGUGACGGAAGACGGCCGUCAGAUCCUAUCUCCAGCGGAGAAUUUCCGCAGUAGGCCUGUUCUCGCACCAGAGCCACCGCAAGACGACCAAGAAAUUGUUUCGAGUGAAGCAAUGGAAGCUGGCUCCAUCUCCACCAGCAGGCUGUCGCUAUUUUCGAGUAUUAUGGCGCAAUUAAUGCAAACCGAUCUUUUCGAGGACGAAUCCUACCCUGUAGCGGCACUCCUGGAAAAGGUGAACGAAGAACUAGCUGAGGAAGAUAAAUUCUAUCCACCGGAAUAUCUCGCCGGUCUCAAGGUUAUGAGCGACAGAAAUAACCUGAUGGUGGCCGAGGAGAAAGUGUGGAGAGUCUAA